AUGGCCGACGUGGAUAUGACGGACGCUCCCGGCACCAUCGCCAAAAAGACAACUGAAGUAGAGACCAAAGCAGCCGACGGCAAGAAACGCUUCGAGGUCAAGAAGUGGAACGCCGUUGCCCUGUGGGCGUGGGACAUUGUCGUUGACAACUGUGCCAUCUGCAGAAACCACAUCAUGGACCUCUGCAUCGAAUGUCAAGCGAACCAGGCGUCUGCCACCAGCGAAGAGUGCACCGUCGCUUGGGGAAUUUGCAACCACGCCUUCCACUUCCACUGUAUUUCGCGUUGGCUCAAGGCCCGACAAGUGUGCCCAUUGGACAAUCGCGACUGGGAAUUCCAGAAAUACGGCCGUUGA